UUUAUAAGUAAAGUCAAGUUAAAUUUUAAAAUAACUUUCUAUUGAUUGAACAUAAUGACAUUCAAUGGGAAGGUUGCAUUAAUAACUGGCUCGUCUUCGGGUAUCGGCGAAGGGAUUGCUCUGAAGUUGUCGUCUUUGGGCGCAAAUGUAGUCAUCACUGGAAGGGAUGACCAGAGAAUCCAAUCUGUGGUCAAAAAGUGUGAAUCACUUUCCAAACAGAAAGCACUGGGAGUUAGGGCUGACUUAAUGGUGGACAAGGAUGUGGAAAAUCUUGUGAACAAAACUGUGGAAACUUUUGGCAAAAUUGAUAUUCUUGUGAAUAACGCGGGAAUCGGGAAAUGGUGUGAAUUUGGUUCAAAAGGUUAUCUCAAAGAGUUUGAUACAGUGAUGAACACUAAUGUCCGGAGUAUUCAAGUAUUGACUCAAUUAGUGGUUCCAUAUCUCGAGACAACCAAAGGAAACAUUAUUAACAUCUCAAGUGUUUUAGGACUCAGAACCUGUGCACCUAUGAUUGCCUAUUGUAUGGCCAAAAGUGCCCUGGACAUGUUUACAAAGUGUUUAGCCGUACAGUUGGGACCCAAAGGCAUUCGAGUGAAUAGUGUUAAUCCUGCUGUCAUACGGACCCCUCUAUUCACGACAAUGUCGGGAACGGACCAAAUGUUGGACGGAUUGGUAGACUUCUGUGAGACGUCGUACCCAUUGGGUCGUAUCGGGGAGACGGAGGAUGUGUCGGAAAUGGUCGCAUACCUGGCCUCAGACAGGGCUGCCUUUAUGACGGGUACUCUCAUCCCUGUGGACGGCGGCAAUCUUGUGUCCUCAGCCCCGACACUC